CGGUGACAUCGGCACCUAUGUAGAUGCACUGUAGACGCUGUUGAACCAGCUAUCAUGGAGGCUACCUAGGGUAGCUGUACGUAGGACAGCUCGCUCAAUCGUGCCAGGGCUUCCCCGAGCCGCAGUGAUCACACAAGAAGCAAUCGACAUAUUAUUGAAGCCUUUAGCUAUCUCCCUCUGCUCGUGACCAUGCACUCCAAUGGUCCGACAGGCAUCCGUGCCCAAAGCUAGAUGCAGUAUGUCCUUACACGGAAUGAGAUCAAAGCGAUAGCAUGUUUAUCCUGCCGAUGGGACAGGGUUUUUUACUCUCACCAAUGGAUAUGCACUAAUUUCCCUUGCCUCGUGCAGCCCAUCGGAUCUCUCUGGGAGAUCUGUCGCCGUGGAGAACUCUUCCCCUCCACUCAAGCUGCUUACAACCAGGCAUGUGAUCAAGAACAUGGUUACACUGCUUCCACGAUCGCGAACUGUUCCUCUAGAAACAUCUUGUGUAAGGACCGCAUUCCCAACUGGCCAGACCGUCUCGGCGAUGUCCGUCGAGGCCACAUCAGUGAACACAGAGAACACAAGAUGCAGUGCUCAUGUCUCGGCCUGGAAAAUACGAGGCAAGUCUUCCCCAGAAGACAUUGCUUGUACAUUCAAUAUCUCUGCUCGGAAAAUAGAAUUUCAUCCGUCCAAGUAUUUCAGACAGGACCGCGCUCCACAGACACAACCCCAGCUUGGCUACAAUGUCAAUCCUCCAGCGCACCGCAAACACAGCGGCCUCUUGGUGCACGCCAUUUACACUCCCGUUUUACGAUAUUCUCAUCCUGCGUAUCUCUGUUCCUUUCAUCUGGCGCUGCUCUGCACAGAAUAAUCUUCGUCCAUUAUUCUCUAGCAACUUCUCCAAGAGACAUGUUGACAUUGGCGUUGGGACUGGGUACUUUCCAAGAAGAGCAAUCAAGGAUCUUGGCCGCGAUCCAAAAAAUCAGCAUCUGACUUUGGUCGACUUGAGUGAGCAUUCUCUCGCAACAGCAAGACAGCGUGUUCUGUCCAAGUACCCCGAAGUACAAGUUGACUGUGUCCACGCGGACGCUGCACAACCACUUCCAGAGUCUCUCGCAUCCCAGAAGUUCACAUCUGCUUCUCUGUUUCUCGUCAUGCAUCACAUGCCGCAGCCAACAGCCAGCAAAGCGAACGCCAUCGCCAAUGCACAGGGUCUCUUGACCAAGGAUGGUGUUUUGGUAGGAUGCACGGUAUUGGGGAAGCAGUGGGAGAAGACUGAUGAUGGUGGGUUCAAGGUGAAGAGCGAGAAGCCGCUUGGAAGAGCAGCUGCUUUCAUGCUUGGGUUCUACAACAAGAGAGGUAUUUUUGACAAUUGGCAGGAUGAUCCGAAUAUUUUGGCGGAGGCUUUGAAAGCGGGGUUUGAGGAGGUUGAGACGAGUGUGGUGGCUAUGAUGUUUGUGUUCAAGGCCUCGAAGCCGCGUAAUGGGACCGGGGUGUUGAUAGAAGCCAGUGAGUGAUAGGCUCUGUCAUUGCGUGACAGUUUCCUGAGAGUAGGGUAUGGAAUAUUGUUUCCUGUUCUACAUAAUCACAUGCCCCAAAGAGCUUGUGCCCUUGGGUUGCCGGGGUUGCAACAUCCGUGCUCGCUCAGAAACGAAGACAAUAUCUCGAGUGGUGUAGCCGCGAUGUCUUACGGAUCCACACACGGAACAAUAGCCCAAUACUAGGCAGUGAACCCAUCCUGCCAAGGACAGUCUACGAGAUUUCUCGUUUUCAAACGAGUGAUGCCACGCGAGUCUUGUGCGUUACGCUCGGAAGCAGAGGGUUGAUCUCCGCACACCGAAUCCAAUAAUAUAGCGACACGAUGCCUUAUUGCUCUUGGGAUAGAACUCCCAUGCUCUAGAACCUAGAUCUGAGGUCCGAUGACAUGUUGUAUAACCACAAGCGGGAGAGGUACCCAAGAUCGAGGCAUUUUAUUACCGCAGAUCCAAGUGGCUGCUCACUUGCAUGACCCCGUACUCCUGCCGUGAUAUUGCCACGGGCUAUAUGAUCUCCGCCACAGCGGGAUAUAAUCUCAGUGCUAACUUAAACAGGUCAUGGGAUCUAAUGCUGUAGACCUGUGCAUCAAGCCCACAGAAGUCAACAAAUGAUGGCUUAACAAGAUCUGCAAGCAGUUUUGGAUAUACACUACUCUAUGGGCCAGUAAGCGAGACAUAGGCGCUAGAUAUGCAGAUGGAGAUGCACGGC